AUGCCGUUAGAUUCGUUAAUCGACGAGCAAGACCCCGCCACGAUGAGCCACUCGCUAGACUCCACUGGAAGCACAGCUACCCAGAGCAAUGAAGAUACCAUUGACGUGCAAAUCCUCGCCGGAAGGAGGAUAGAGGAGAUGCGCAACCUGCGAGCCGAAUACAACCCAGAGGCGUAUACGAGAGCAUCACUCCCGCCAUACUCCGAGAGACCCAUCGCCUCUCAUCCUCAAUCACACUCCGCGCCGAGCCUUUCGUCCUCCCAUGAGAAUUCCCCGCCGCCGUUAUCUUUAAACAGUCGCGGUCCUCCAAGUGUCCCUCUCCACGAUAUGAGGCGAUGUGGAAACUGCGACCGCAUUGGGCAUGACUUAUCCAUAUGCGUUGGACCUCCGGGGCUCGAUGGCGCUUUACACGGUUGUCCGUGCUGCAACACCACGGCCCAUACAUUCGACGAUUGCCCUCGGGCGAGCCUCAUGAGUGACAACCUUAAGUAUUACUACCUAGUCUUGCUUAGGGGCCGUCGAGCUCCUAUCAGUACCCGACAAGAUUACCUUGGGAUGGCAGCUAGCCGGGAACGUUCUGAGUUUUACCCGUGGACCCGAGCGUACGCUAGAAACGUCCCCCCUUCUACAUUUGACAGUCACGACUACUCACGUAAUGACCCUAGAGCGCUACCCACAGACCCGGCAAUGGCAAGCAAAGCUGCUCUCUUAGAGACUCGCCGCCGCAUCUUAGAAAUUCCCGUGACCGCGCACCAGCUGGAAUAUCUCAACAGCUUAUAUUAA